UCUCACACGUGACCGAUUUUAAUUCAUUCAUAUCCGAAUUCCGAAUCUGAGAGCAAGUGUGCUGGUAGCUGGUAUCAGCUGGUAUUAGCACGCUUUUCCACGAUUGUCCACGAUGGAGCAUGUGCAUUCUGAUAAAAAUGAGAGCCAAGUACAAAUUCGUUUUGUAACCAAGCAGCAGCGAUAUGCAGUGCCGGAUUAUCCCCUAUCAGUACACAGUUCCAUAAUCAGCAACGAACUAAAUACUAUAAUAAAUGAACUUUUGAGAGAAUCAAAUGAUAUCCAAGAUGAAGUGGAAUUUGAUUUCUUGGUUUGUUCACAAUUCUUGCGUACCCCCUUAGCAGAACAUAUCGCAGAUAGGGGAGUUUUUACGGAAGAGGUAAUAGAUGUGGAAUACAUAGAGAAGCAUCCCUUGCCAGAACCAAAAGAUUGUUUAAUACAUGACGACUGGGUAUCGGCUGUUGCUGUUUGCGGAAAAUGGAUCCUAACUGGUACUUACGAUAAUAAACUGCAUAUUUGGACAUUGAAAGGUAAACAUCGUUUUGUAAUUCCUGGACAUAUGUCUCCUGUCAAAGCGGUGGCCUGGAUAUCUCUCGAUGAUGAUAAAGCUUCCUUUGUCAGUGCAUCGAUGGACCAGACAUGCAUGAUUUGGAAUUGGGAUAUAAUAAAAAAUUCUGUGGAAUGUGUACAUGUUUGCAAAGGACAUAAAAGAAGUGUUGAAGCAGUCAAUGUAAACUACAACAAAACAUUAAUGGCAACUGGCGCUUGGGACAAUAUGCUCCUUAUAUGGUCAACAUCUACACAAGAGGAAGAUGAUAACGGGGAACCGGCUUCGAAAAAGGCAAGAUCAGAAUACGCUAGUAAAACGAAGGCUCCAAAGCGCUCGAUGAAGGGACACAAACAGGCAAUCAGCGGGAUUGUGUGGUCCGACAAAACAGAAAUCAUCACGAGUUCGUGGGAUCACACCAUAAAGAUCUGGGAUUCGGAAUUGGGCGGUAUCAAGCACGAGAUCCAUGGCGAUAAGUGUUUCUUCGACAUUGAUUACUCGCCAUUAUCACGCGCUGUGAUAACGGGAUCGGCCGAUCAACACGUGAGACUGUACGACCCGAGAUCUACAGAGGGUACGAUUUUGAAAGCCAAGUUCACCUCUCACACACAGUGGGUGGCAUCGGUGCGCUGGUCGACCGUAGACGAACAUCUUUUCAUCUCGGGAGGGUAUGAUAACGUCGUCAAAUUCUGGGACACUAGAAGCCCCAGGACACCGCUGUUUGAUCUCAUGGGACACGAAGACAAGGUCCUCAGCUGCGACUGGUCGAAUCCCGAAUUGAUAACCUCCGGUGGUGCAGAUAACACUCUAAGGAUAUUCAAGUCCAAGCAUGUGGCGCGCUAAUUAUAAAUACAAUAUAACACAAGUAUUAUAAAGCAAAGGCAUCGUGUACAAUCGACGCAGAAAUAAUCGAGAAAUUCCUCGUAAAUAAUUUAGGUAUGAAUUCGUAAUAUUAAUAGUAAAAAAUUUUGAAAUCUGAAAAUAUUUAAUAUGACUAAUAAAUUUAGAUGCAAAAAGCGAUCUCUAUCAUUUUAAUACCGUAUAUAAUUUGUGCGUUUAGUUUAAGAAUCUUUGUAAUUGUUAUGGAUAUGUAUUUAUCGAUCUUCUCGUUUCCAACGAGAGUGUUAUCCCGAGUCAAAAUCAAGAAACUGAUUAUAUUUAAACACAUCGUCAUAUCGUAUGUGAAAACCGGAUCGAUACACGAAUGCAACGAUAAAAAAAAAUAAUUAUAAUUGAUUUUAAUAUUGCAACAUCUUUUGAUUAAGAAUAUGCUUGAUCCCUAGAUCAGCGCAUUUUCCGUUUCCUCUCUCUUCUCAAAGAGACUCGUGCCGGAUAGGUGAAGUAAGAGAAUCGUGUCGCUCGGCAUAAAUCCCCAAAACAGAUCGUUUAUUGAUCAAAAAUAAGGGACGAUAAUCGUGACGAAUUUGGGAAAUUCGCUUCCCCGCAUCGCGAAGUAUUUAAUUAUUUACCAAACCGUUUCUUCAUUACUCGUGUAAUUCUAAAAAGACCACCGAUUCAAGUGUGCACGCCCCUAUAGCAGAGACACACAUUUAGGGUGUAUGCGUUAAUAAUACAGGAGCAGCGGAGAGCGUGCACCCUCGCAAUAGCGCGCGCAUUCUUUUUCCCUCUUUUUCUUUCUGUACAAGUUCUGUGUGUAUGUAUGUGUGUGUUUGUGUAUAUUCUGCACACAAGUGUGCGCUGUAGUCUCUGUAUGUAAAAUAGGCAGAUGAUGGUUCUCUUCGAGUACGCGUUAUCUUUCUGCUUUUUCUUUUUUUCCCCCUUUUGAAGUUUAUGGCAUACACCUACGUACACACACGCGCACACGCUCCUUCUCUCACUUUCGCUCGCACAUUCUCUCGUCGGUUUUUCGUCUGCUCGCAAUAUUUUCUCGUCGCGCGCGAUUUUCUUCGGUUCUUUUUUUUUUGUCCUUUUUCCCUUUUUUUUCUUCUUUUUUUUCAUUUGUUUGCUUGUUUAUUCUCUCCGAAGAUUCUAUCUAAAAAUUCCCACGUUAUCUCUUCUCACACAAAGACUAGCGUUUUUUUUAAACGAUCCAAAAUAAACUAAGGGCACUUUUUAGUGGCUUAUACUCCAUGUGUCAUCGUCGCGUGUGUUACGUUCCCCCCCUCCCCCCCCCCCCCCUUUUACGUUCUUCUUCGAGCUUUUUUUCAUUAUUUUUUUUUUUCUUUAUUCAUGAAAAAUCUAAUUCUGACUUGUUUCUUGUUAAACUUUGUUUUAUUACAGCACCUAUUCGACUUCCUAAGAGUCACCCUAGAUCUCUUAACUAGCUAUGACACAACUUGCCUUAACGUCUAAAGAUUUUUUUUUUUUUCUUCACAUUACAUGCUAAAACGCCUUUUCUUCGUCUCUGCCUUAAAAGUACUCUCGAAAUUCUACAAAUUGAUCCUCGCGCGCGGAUUUAAAAAGAGACUCCAGCGUCCGGCGACAUCGUUUUUUUUUUCUCCCCGUUUUUCUUUGUUUCUGCGCUUUUUCUCUCCGUCUCUGGCCAACCUUGGAAAGACGACGCAAAAUAAGCGGUACACGGGGUACGUGUCUCAUUUCUCUCGUUCCAUCGUAGUGUAUUACAUUACGCACACACUAGUCCCGCUUCCUUCGCUCGAGUUUGUUCGUCGCCGAGCACGAAGGACGAGCGGAAUACAAAUGCAAAAAGAAACAAGAGACAAAGGGUGGAGGGGCGCGGAGAUACAUCGGCGGGGGGAGAGGAGGAAAUGUGGAAGAAGAAACAGAGAUGUCGACUAAUUACAACUAUGUCGCUUAACAAACACGUGUAAAACAAUAACUUAAAAACUUGGAAAACUAAGGACUGUACAAAUCGAAGUACAAGACGAUGAUCUAGUCACUUCGGACCUCGCUUUAUCGCUAAUUCACUCACUCUCGCACGCAACAAACGCACGCAUUCGCUCUCUUAAGCCGAUCUCGACUAAACAUUAUUUUACUUAAAAACAUCCUACAUCUUUUCGUCUCGUUCUCUCCUCGCUCUCAAUCGAUUAUCUUUCUCAUCCUCUUUUCUACAAUCAGAGCCUAUCGACUACAGUAUGUCUAAUCUAAAAAAGUUUCUAUGCUAAAAUUCUAGAGAAAGCUUUACGCUGGAAAGCAGCAUCGUCCGCAGCAGCAAGAACCGUCUUCUUGCUCGAAAACCCUUGUUGGUGGUGGCCAUAGACUGCGGGGAAGCUCGCGAGCUCUUUCACGGCAAAAGCUUCACGUUAGAAGCAAAGAAUCGUACAAGAAGAGGAAAAAAACAUUUAUAUGAUUUUUCGCUUCUGACGUCGUGACACCGAUAUUAUACACCACGAGGGAGACUAUGAGGACCGUUUUUUUUCGCGCGUCCAAAUCUUAAUCCUCUAGAAUAAUAUCGGUUCUAGAUUGUGGGCAAGGGGGAGGAGGUGUGGCGACUUGUCUUCGCCGUGCGAAAUUCCACGCGAGCUCCCACGCCCUAUCAUGAUUCAAAUUCAAAAGCCCACAUCCGGCCAGCCCACGCACCCGACCCGCGGUGCGCAGCAAGCAAAUAGUUCCUUACUAUUUAUACAAUUAUACGAGUAUAGCGCUCAUAUAUAUAUACUGUAGAAUAAUAUAUAUAUAUUUAUCAAUUAAAAUAUGAAUAGCCAGUCAGUCUUGACGGGUGCGAGGUGCAUAGGCUGAACGGUGCCCCAUGCCCGUGUCUCGCUCCCCUUCCACUCCCGUGUCCGCGAUAACGUACACGGGGGGAUGGCAGGUAGACACGGGAAAUGAGAGGCAUAUAUUUAUAUAUGUAUUCGUAUCCUAACUAUUACUAUAUAGCUAAACUAUUGUUCUACCUAACUACCGUUGUAAACUUAUCCGAUAAAAGAUCGCCCCGUUCCUAUUAUCUCCUAAUUCGAGCGAGUGCUCGUCGCUCACUCGCACGUCUCGCUUAAUCCUAAGGAUUUUUUUUCCUUUUCAUUCAGUUCAACUCUAACUAUCUACGCGAGAUACGUUGCCGCGCGCGUUCAAAAAAAAAAAAAAGAAAAGACGCGUCUCUCCGCGCGUUCUCUGUACAUAAUAAUUAUGCGCUCUCGCUCACGAUCGCUUUUUUCUUUCUCUCGCUUUGCCGGCCACCAUUUCUUUUCCAUCUCUCUCUCUCUCCAUCUUCUUACGGAAUUUCCUUGCCUGUAUUUGAGGAUGUUGGACGCACUAUUCGUGCGUCCUCAUCCCCUUCUAAACGGGUCGGCGCAACUAUAAUGCUGCUCUGUUAACUCACUUUUCUCCCUCUUCUUUUUUUUCGUUUGGUCGGUCACGAUAAUUACUUUAGUUUUUUUUUUUUUUUUUUUUUUUUUUUUUUAGUUGUAUACAAGUCUAUUUAGUAAAAUUCUCAAAAUUUACUAUUAAAAUCACAUAUGGAUUUUUUUGUCAGUCAAUUGGUGACAAUCUCGCCUUGUGCAACAAAUACACUAUACGCACUCGCUAAAAGAUGCUCCUCUCACUCUCACUUCCAUCUCGGCUUUAUAUUCCCUCUCUCUCUCUCUCAUACACACUCUUUAUCUCGCAGUCACUCUCUCUUUCGCACUUACCCUCUGGUUUUUUUUUUUUACUUUUUACUUUAAUGUGUGGAGUCAAAUCGAGUAAUAAGUCUGUCUCUUAAAAAAUAGCUCGUACUUCGCCUUUCUUCAUCUCCUUUUUUUCAAUUUAUCUCUCUCACUCUCUCGUCAUCAAAUCGUGAUGUACCAAAAUAAACUAAAUAUAUUAUUUACUUCAAGUCUCAACAGUGUAAAAAUCUUUCAUACGUUUAGAUGACAUCAAUAAUAGUAAAUCGUUAAUUAUAAUAAUACAUCGUCAUUAUUGUAAUAUUAUAAUAAUAACUACACGACUCUGCUUUCUUUCGCUCGUUCGUUCUUUCUCUCUCUCUCUCUAAAACUCUAACUACCUGUGCUUGCUGCCAUCGCCAUUGUCAUUUCUGCCUUCAUCUUCAUCAUUUUCUUAUAUGUCACGCGAAUAGCCUGCAGCUCUCGCAUAUUUUUGGUAAAAAGCUUUUCUACAUUUUCUCCCUCUCUUUCGCUCUUUCACUCGAUCCUUGACUAUCAAUUCCAUGUCAGACAAUACAAAACUCUGCCGGCUGCACAAAUGAUGAUGGUGAUGAGUUAGGAGAGGAGGCAUUCACAGGAGAGGGAAGAGAUGGAGAUCUCGUUGGACGUAGGUGUAACGUGAGAAUAAUCAAGACCCAAACGGGCAACAUGAUGAUUUUAAUGGAUUCAAAUAAUAUAAUCAGUUACUUUCGCAAAUUUUCAAUUUUUUUUUUGGCAAAAUAUACUUAUUUUAGUAAAUACAAAGUUAUCGCGCAAAGUGGCGUAACAAUGCUCUAAAGAUUUUCAACCUUCUUAAAUCGAAACUUCUCUCUGAUUGACGAAUAUUCUCGCGCGAUGUUACUUUAUGAUUUAUUUACAACUAUUAAUUUUAACAUCUUGAAAGAUGACAAAAUAUCGUCUCGAUUACUCUCUUUCUCUCUCCUCGAUCUGUUUAAACACGCGCACGCGCGUGUGUAUAUGUGUGUGUAUACGUAUACAUGUGUGUACAAUUGUAGAUCGAUGCAUCUUUAUCUUUGCUUCCCGUCUAUCCUUUUUCCGACAGUAACGCGCGUUUCCUCGAUAAAAUAAAUUAAUUUACACUCUAGUUAUACUUGUCUUGUGUAACAAACCCACUUUUAUUUUUUUUUU